AGAGAGGGAACAUAAGGAGAGAGGGAACACAAGGAGAGAGGGAACAUGAGGAGAGAGGGAACAUAAGGAGAGAGGGAACACAAGGAGAGAGGGAACAUGAGGAGGAGAGAGAGGGAACACGAGGAGAGGGGGAACACGAGGAGAGGAGCGAGGGAAGUGGGAGUGCAGUCAGAGCUGGCAGCUCCUGGUAGUUAAUGUGUCACCAGGAUGCCUCUACAAAUACCAGCGUCGCUGGCUGCGGCUCUCACAGUUGUGGUGCUGAGCUCUGGUCGGUGUCAUGGGCAAAGGCUUCUUCGUCAGCAAGGCUGUGGCGGCGGGGCUGGGGGUCCUGGCUGUGGCGGCGGUGGCCACCAUCAUCGCGCUCAGUGUGGUCUACGCUCAGGAGAAGGCCAACAACAACAACGUGGUCCUUCCCACCGACGUCCCGGUCAAACCCACCGUCCCUCCGUCCACGCAUCUCUGGGACCAGUACCGGCUGCCCAAGACCCUGGUGCCCGUCACCUACAACCUGACGCUGUGGCCGCGGCUGACCCCCGACACCAACACCGGACUCUACAUCUUCACAGGUGACUCCACGGUGGAGUUUGAGUGUGUGGAGGAGACCGACCUGAUCCUGAUCCACUCCAACAAGCUCAACUACACCGCCACCAACAACCAGAUGGCCACGCUGGUGGCACUAAGCCCUGGUGCCAAAGCUCCGGCCAUCCUGAAGUCCUGGCAGCAGGAGGAGACCCAGUACCUGGUCCUGCAGCUGGACGGCAAAAUGACGAAGGGUCGGUACCAGCUGCGCACCGUCUUCACCGGGGAGCUGGCCGACGACCUGGGCGGCUUCUACCGCAGCGAGUACAUGGAGAACGGAACGAAGAAGGUCCUGGCCACCACCCAGAUGCAGCCCACCGACGCGCGGAAGGCCUUCCCCUGUUUCGACGAACCCGCCAUGAAAGCCGUUUUCCACAUCACCCUGAUCCACGACCGCGGCACGGUGGCGCUGUCCAACGCACAGGCGCGAGAGUCCACCGAGGAGGUCGUGGACGGGGAGAAGGUCCAGAGAACGGUCUUCGAUCCCACUGAGAAGAUGUCCACCUACCUGCUCGCCUUCAUCGUCAGCGAGUUCGGCCACAUCAGCAACGAAGUGAACAACGUUGCGAUCCGGAUCUACGCCCGAAAACCCGCCAUCGAUGCAGGUCAGGGGGCGUACGCCCUCAACAUAACUGGUCCCAUCCUCAAGUACUUCCAGGACUACUACAACUCCACGUACCCCCUGCCCAAGUCUGACCAGAUCGCUCUGCCCGACUUCAACGCCGGCGCCAUGGAGAACUGGGGCCUGAUCACGUACCGGGAGACGGCGCUGCUCUACGACGAGUCCUUCUCCUCCAACUCCAACAAGGAGAGGAUCGCCUCCAUCAUCUCCCACGAGCUGGCGCACAUGUGGUUCGGGAACCUGGUGACCCUGAAGUGGUGGAAUGACCUGUGGCUGAACGAAGGCUUCGCCUCCUACGUGGAGUACCUGGGAGCGGACCACGCUGAGCCGGACUGGAACGUGAAAGAUCUCAUCGUUCUGGGCGACGUCCACCGAGUGUUUGCCAUCGACGCCCUGGCCUCCUCUCAUCCCCUGUCCUCCAAAGAGGAGGACAUCAUGAAGCCCGCGCAGAUCAGCGAGCUCUUCGACGCCAUCUCUUACAGCAAGGGGGCGUCGGUGCUGAGGAUGCUGUCCGAUUUCCUCACUGAGGAGGUUUUCACGCAGGGACUGAAGACCUACCUGGAUGCAUUUGCCUUUGGGAACACCGUCUACACGGACCUCUGGGACCACCUGCAGCAGGCCGUUCCUGCUGGCACCAAGCUCCCGGGCACGGUGCACGACAUCAUGGACCGGUGGGUGCUGCAGAUGGGCUUCCCCGUGGUCAAGAUCAACACCACCAAUGGAGAGGUCUCCCAGCGGCACUUCCUGCUGAACCCCGACUCAGAAGUGACCGUGCCGUCUGACUUCAAAUACGAGUGGAUCGUUCCCAUCAAGUGGAUGAAGUCCGGCGCCCCGCAGACGGAGGAGUGGCUGGACUCCAAGUCAAAGACCAUCGCCGCCAUGAAGGCGUCGGGCGGCGACUGGGUCCUGGGCAACACCGACGUGGUGGGCUACUACCGGGUCAACUACGACGAGCAGAACUGGGAGCGACUGCUGGGGGUUCUGAGCGCCAAUCACACGCACAUCCCAGUCAUCAACAGAGCUCAGCUGGUGGACGACGCCUUCAACCUGGCCAGGGCCAAGCACAUCAGCACCCUCCUGGCUCUGAGGACCACCCAGUACCUGCACGGGGAGCGGGACUACCUGCCCUGGAAGUCCGCUCUGAACAACCUGGACUUCUUCUACCUGAUGUUCGACCGCAGCGAGGUGUAUGGACCCAUGCAGGACUACUUGAGGAAGCAGGUGACUCCGCUCUUCAACUACUACAAGGAGAUGACAGGCAACUGGAGCCAAGUACCAAAGAAACACAUGGACCAGUACAACCAGGUGACCGCGCUGAGUCUGGCCUGCAGAACCGGACUGGACGAGUGUCAGACCCUGGCCAAGACCUGGUUCGGCGAGUGGAUGACGACCGGACGGAACCCGAUCCACCCGAACCUGCGCUCCACCGUGUACUGCAACGCCAUUGCGGCCGGCGGCGUGGAGGAGUGGGACUUCGCCUGGGAGCAGUUUAAGACCUCGACCAUCGCCAUCGAAGCCGACAAGCUGCGCUCGGCUCUGGCCUGCACCCGACAGCCCUGGCUGCUCAACAGGUACCUGCAAUACACGCUGCAGCCCGACAUGGUGCGCAAGCAGGACGCCACCUCCACCAUCGUCUACGUGGCCAGCAAUGUAGUGGGCCAGUCUCUGGCCUGGGACUUCAUCCGGGCCAACUGGAACUACAUCUUCACACAGUACGGCGGCGGCUCCUUCUCCUUCUCCAACCUCAUCAACGGCGUGACUGAACGCUUCUCCAGCCAGUUCGAGCUGCAGCAGCUGCAGCAGUUCAAGGACGACCACAGCGCGGUGGGCUUCGGCUCCGGCACUCUGGCGGUGGAGCAGUCCAUCGAGAGGACCCUGGGCAACAUGAAGUGGAUCCAGGAGAACCAGGUGGAGGUCCUGGCCUGGUUUGAGGCCGAGGCCGAGCCGUGAAGUGGGAGGGUCGUCGCUCUUCACCUGUAUUUAUU